AUGAACAAGCAAAUGCAUAACGGGUGGGGGGAGAGUGCUGGUAGCCAAAGCCUGCCCUUGGUCUCCAAGCCGCUGGCGCAUGGGUCCGCGAGACACAGAGCCCUCGGGUUCUCACGCAGCGCCAGGCUGCGCGCAGGGGCGGCGGGCGGGGCGGGGCCAUCCAGGCACCACGCCCCCACCCCCGCGAGCCCUCGUGAUUCCAGACGCUCCGGGAUCCCUGAGUCGGAGGUUGCUGCUACCUCCGCGUCUUUAGCACCCGAUGAGAGAGUUGAGACAAGGAAAUUAUAUGCACUGCUCAGUAUAACACAGCUGGAUACAAGCUUCAGGCAGGCAAAGUACAUCAUCUCUCCCAUUCACUCCUGUACCUUGAGCAGCAUCAAAUACUGUGCCAGACAUAUGGUGUUUUCAGGCUCCAGGCAGCCAGCUCCUGCAUCACUCCAAGUAAAUAGACCUCCAUUCCAGGGAGGACCGUCGUUACGGACAUGCUCCCACUCCCCAGACCAGAGAAGGGGGCAUGCGGGUACCUGUUGGCUCCUGAUACGUGUCACGCUCAUCGCAAAGCAACUUAACAAGCAGUCUCCUGCCCCCAGGAGUGAGCAUGAAGCUGGAUCCAACACUCCAUCCAUCCUGAGGUCUAGAGGCAUUAAUGGAAGCACGAGCAUGUUCUGGAUGGUUUUGGAGAGAAGAGCAACCUUCCCUACACAUGAUUGCUUAGAUGAGCCUCCAAACGCUGGCAUGUUCUGAAGAAGGAAGCGGAGAGGCGCGGGCGUUGCAGAGGGAGCCUCGAGCUGAGCUGGGCUGGGAGUCAUUAAAGGAGGCGGCUGUCCCCGGGGCCCCAGACGGCAUCUCAUCAAGAUGCCCUGGAACUCGCCCAGCUUUGCUUCAGAUGUUCCAAGCUCAUUUUGAGUCAAAGCCUUUUCAUCUGAGUUCAUUCUCCCUGCACACUUCAUCCUCCUGAAAUUGCACCAAGAAGCCACGAUCAGAUCACAUCACCACCGAUAAACCCUCCGCUGAGCGUUAUCGUUCCUCCAGGCAUCUGAAACGGUGCUAAUGUUCACGCUCCGAAUGUCAGCGGACUGUGUACCCUUCACUCUCAGUAGAUGCUGAGUUUUAUGCUCACCAUUACUCUCUGUUCACUGGCGCCGAUUCAUAUAGUGCAUCAAUUUUCUUUCAUUUUUGUUUCUCAACUCCUACGGCAAAGUUUAGCACCAUAAAAUAUGUGACAUGACUCGAUGAUGAAGCAGCAGCUUCCUGCUGAAACUUCAGAGCAAGAGACACUUUUUUUUUUUUUUUUUUAAAGAAAGAAGGCCAUUGAGCUACCAGCUGUUCUCCUAAAAAAGAUGUGGCAGCAUUAUCCACGCAGAUAUUCUGCAGUUGUUUCCUGGCCAUAAUGAAAAGGGAUUUUAUUUGAUUUUUUUUAGGCUCAACUGGAUGUGGUUUCCAGGAACUCAUCAGGAUAAGGAGACAUGUAUCUUUGCACUGGAUAAACUGAGUCUAAGUAUCAUACUUAUCCAUCGUCAAGGCCAACAUCUUUAUUUCUUGAUUCCAUAAAGAAAUAGAAAAUUGGCAUUUUUUAAAAAAAGGUUACUGACGUUAAAAUGUGCUUCAUUCUACUGUCAAAUACGGUAGAUGCCACUUAAAAGAAGUGUUGCCCACAUAAAGCAAAGCAAAAAUUCACUUGAACUUUCUUUCUCCCCAUGCCCUACUUUUCAGCAGUAUUAUCCAAGAAGAAUUAUCAACAAUUUAGGUGGAGAAGUGUACAGGGACAGGUUGAUGCUAGCCUGAGGUAUUACUCCCCAGUGACUUGAAUAGCGAAGAUAAGUAGAAUAUUUCUCUAGAGGGCACAUAGUAGAAUGGCUAAUUUGCACAGAAAAGGGCAUCAUUCUGCGUUUGCAUCUGCAGUACAUGAAAUCUUAAGUUCCUAGUACCCGGUUUGUAAGCAUCUCACACACAUGGCAGUCUACCCAUUGAGGAGUCCCACUCUCCUUCAAACUCCUAUGCUGGAGCUUGGAAUAGAGGAAGGAUGGAGAAAUGAUUGCUGCGGCAGAUUUUUCUCCACUUCCUUCCCCCACAAGGUGUGAGCUACCAGGGUUUCCUGACAAAAAUUUUGAGACAAUUCAAACAAUGAGGGGUCAGGAUCAGAGGGAGACUGUGUAAAAGUCAUCCAGUAGAGAGGUCUGGGAACUGCCCUUGACUUACGCCUCUCGGCCCCUCCCCUACAUUCAGUCACCUAGGAAGUCUUAUGAUUUCAAUUUCCUAAAAAACCUCUCUCCAGUGACCCUCCCUCCAAUACCCCAUUGUCUCAAGGUGGCUCACUGGUUUCCCUGCCUUCUGGCUCCAUCUCCCCGUUCCAACCCUUCACUCCAGGCACUGGGAUGAUGGUUCUGAAAAACAAAGAUACACGUUUAUUUUAUGAAGUUCCUUAUAUAGCAAAGCUGAACCAUUGCUUUAUCUUCUGUAGAGAAUAAAGCUCCAUUCUUAGGCUGGCGUGGGAGAGUGAACCUUGUCCAACAGAGCAGGGCAACUGAUCUGGAAAUCAAAAUGGUGUUCAGGCACACGUUCAGUGGUGGUCCUGCUCCUUAAAACAGCAUCUUCACCUUUACUUUCAGAGGCGUUAUGUAAUCCGGAUCCACUUGGGGCUGGCUCUGUGGUCUAAAUUGAGUUGCCUUUCCCCUUUCCCUGUUACCAGCUUGAUUUGUUUUUCUCAGUCCUAGUAAGCUCAUCAUUUAUCCCUCUGCUUUUCAGCUGCCAAAAUAUUGUAGAUGUUGCCCCCUCUUUGAUUCUCUGUUCUUGCUGUGUAUGCCUUUUAAAGAAACCCUGGAUUGGGGAGGGUUUGAAAUUAGCAGACACAAACCACUUUAGGUAAAACAGAUAAAUAAGGUUCUAGUGUACAGCACCGGGAACUAUAUCCAAUAUCCUAUAAUAAACCAUGAUAGAAAAGUAAAAAAAAAAUAAAAGAAAAACCCUAUAAUGUUGUUUUAAUGGCCUUUUGAGAGAGAGAGAAAAUAUAUGUGUAUCUUCAAUGGCUAUCUUUACCUAGAAUCCACCUGUAAUUUUUUUUUUUUACAUAAAUGCAAAAAACUAGUCACAGUCACCCAGAUCCACAGACACAUCAGGAGGGUAUUUGAGUGAGGAGGUGAAGGGGAUAUUUUCAAAAUUAAAAAAAAAAAAAUGUUGAGUCACAGUGUUAUGCAAAAAUGAAAUUGCUAGAGAUCAUAUUGCAUUUUAAUAUGGAACUUUAGAGCAUGGCCCUAAAAAAGAUGAUCAAUUUUUAUGCUGCUGAAGUGGUAGAGCACGCUAAUAAAAAUAAAAAUAAAGUAUACUAAAGAGUCACCCUUAGCGUGGCAUCCAAAGUCAAACUGUUUCUACUUUCUUUGCAGCUCUUGUUUAUUAAGAAACACACAAUUUCAUAACAAUUUCAUGUCAAAGUCAGCUUCAUAACUAUCAUUUUUAAUUCUCGUGGAAUGUUCAAUUGGAUUGAUAAGGUAUCACUUACUAAUUCAUUUCCAGUUGCUUUCCCAGCAUAAAUAGAACUCCUUGCAUGUCACUGAGCUUCUGCUAGGGCAGAUCUAUCCCAGCUCUACUCUACGUUCUAUAGCAUUUGAUAUUAUCAUUUUAUUUUAUUUUGUUCUUUUUAGGGCAACACCUGCAGUAUAUGGAAGUUCCCAGG